AUGAUACUGGCAGAAGAGAAGAUGAGGCACCGAGAUAGGGAACUACAAACGGAUCCCUCCUCCGGAUCGUACAAUUUGGAUCAGCAGGAGGUGUGCGGAGGUGAAGAACUUGAAAGAAUUGCAGUAUCAAGGAAACUGUUCAGGGAGCUAUCAUGCAACUCGAAUGUCAGAACAAACGUGGUACCAGAAGAUGACAGGAAGGUCCUGAGGAGGAUAGUCUGCGUCAAACUGAAAGAUGACAUCCAAAGUCUAGGAGAAAUGAACAGUCAAAAAAUGGCACUGAAGGAACAGGUCAAGGCGAGAUAUAGGCUAUCGGAUCUGAUACGUGCCCAAAAGAAUGACAGAAUGACAAGCAACCUCUCCAAAUGGAUCCGGACGGGGACCGAGGCGAAAAGGGAAAGGGGACCUGGAAGAAGGAAGCUACAAGUUCUUGAGCCAGUUCUAGGUUUGCUCUAUCACACAGCUGAUGGGGUGGUAGCAUGCAGGAGAAAGGAUGAGGAGAAGAUACUACACAAGCAUAUCCUCAUCAUACUACCACAGUUGUACCAGGCAGAGGUGAUAUUCAGAUUGCACGACCAAAUGGGGCAUCAGGGGAUAGAUAAAGUGAAAGACCCACGGAAGAUGAAGUUACCACUCAAGCCCGUUGAGAGCUCGGAAUUCAACGAGGUUGUGCAGAUAGACCAUCAGAAGAUCUGCAUGACAGAGUCGGGGUAUAACCAGAUACUGGUCAUAAUAGACCACUUUUCAAAGUUGGCGGAAGCGGUGCCCUAUCAAACAGCCUCAGCGGAGGAGACUUUUGACCACUUGAUAACACAUUGGAAAUCACGAUAUGGUUGUCCGAUGACAUUUCAGUCGAACAACGGGAAGGCCUUUGUGGGUGACCUGACAAAAAAAUUGAUGAAGAGGUCUUACAUUGCUCAAGCGCACUCAACGACUUACCAUCCUCAGACUAACGGGUUAGUGGAGAGACAGAACAGAACGUUGGUGAACAUGCCGAUGGUAUAUGGUCGAGAUGCAUGA